AUGCUUUGGCUUAGUAGAGCGGAUGGAGAGAACGUGGAGGAAGAAAAGAUCAUGGGUGCCCAAUUCAACUCCUCAGCGGUGACUGCCGUUCUGUUGGGAGCGUAUAAGACCUUCCAGAGCACUGGAGAUGCCGUGGCGUGGCGCGUGAAUGCCCUGGGAAAGCCAGCAAUGACCCAGCUCGCUAUGGACCGGGGCCUUUGCAUAGGCUCCUUGUGUAUCGCCAUCCAAACAGUGCUGGCGGUCACUCUCCAUCAGUUACCACGACUCCACCAACGGUAG